AAAGACAUGCUCAGUUAUGGAAGUUAUAAAUUAUAACUUCUAGAAUUCUAGUAUGAACUGGACAUUUUGGUAGCUUUAACAGUUUAACUGACAGGAAAAAUAUCCAUUAAGAAAAAAAAAUGAAAAACAUGAUGAAAAAGGGACAAAUUUCCAUUUGUGGGAAAGUAGACUCUUUCAAGGGGAUAAACAAGAUCAACUCUUCCACAUACCGACAGCCAUCAAAUUAGAUCACUGAUAUGUCAAAUUUUGAAGGCAGACUAAUCCAUUCAAUUGACUUUGUACCUGAAAACAAAGAUGUAGCCAGUAAAUCCAAGCCAAAAGAAGCAUCAACCAUAAAUAGUGUUCAUCCAUCUAUAAAUGGAAGAGAGGCAAGAAGUUUUUAUGAAGAAGUAGUGGAAAAUGUGACUGACAAAAAAGUGGGGACUUCAAGCUUAAAUAGACCAAAAGAAAAACCAAAAAAUAAACAUCACAGCAACCAUAAACCUUCAAUUAAACCUUCAUUAUCUCAUUUAAAUAAUUCUUUACUUAAAUAUGCACAGAUGGGCGAGUUGCAGUCAGUUCAAAAGUGCUUACAAGAUGGUGCAGAAUUGGAUCAUCAGGAUGGCUAUGGCUGGACAGCCCUCAUGUGUGCAGCCCAUGCUGGACAAAUACAAGUAGUGCAAUAUCUGAUGACUGAUGCUGGUGCUAAUGUAUAUAUAUGUGAUAAACAGGGACAAAUGGCAAUAGAUUUAGCAAUUAGAGGAAAACAGACAGAAAUCUGUAAGAUUUUGAGAGACGGGAACAAUCAAUCUGAUGAUAAUGAUGAUGAUUCACAGACGCUACAAGAAACAUUUUAUUGCAACAUUUGUAAAUUAGAUUUUCAGGAAACAACUAGAGCAAAUCACGAGACUUCAACUCUGCACUUGUUUAAUAGUAAAAGGAAACCUCCAGGCACAUUGUACUUUAUCCCUGAAUCAAACAAAGGGUACCAGAUGAUGGUAAAACAUGGCUGGGACAAAGAAAUGGGACUUGGCACACAAGGACAAGGGCAAAAAUUUCCAGUCAAAACUGUUCUGAAAAGAGAUCGCCUGUGUUUAGGAGCCAAGACUGAAGCCAAAUCAAAAGUUACACACUUUAAUGCUUGUGACACAUCAGCAGUCAAACAUCCAAAGAAAGAAGAUAAGAGGAAGAUGAGACACAAUACUAAAAAUAAAAUGAUUGCGGAAAAAAGAUUGAAAAAGGACAAACAUUGGGAACAAAAUUUACGGAGAUACAUGGACUUUUAAAGACAAUAUUUUACAUUUAUUCUCACAAACAAAACCAUGUCACACACUACCAGCAUGAGUUCUCAUUAGAAAAAAGGUUGAGUAUUAAAUUAAAAAAGAGAUUCAUGAUAAAGCAUAUGCCUUUUUUCUUUCUC